AUGACUACCUCUCGCAGCUCUCGACGGGCGCGAUCGCAAUGGCCUCCAGCGCCCUGCGUCGAGGAAGAACCCCAGGCCCUUUCGAAGGAGCUAAACGGUCUCUCCAAACUUGGCGAUAAACCCGGGGUCGACGGUGUGCAUUCAAGAGGGGCAGUCGAUCAGUAUCCCAUACUAGUCUCCACCGACCCGCUCCCUCCAUCGUCUACCUCCCCCGCCAGUGUUCCCAGUGUGUCUUCGGAUGAGAGUGCAGGGCCAAUGACACCUCCUGCUCAAGAGCCGAUCUUUCGGAACACUGUUAGAUUUGAGAUAGAUGAUCCGCCAAAACGUCCGCCGCCCUCAACUGCAAGUCAGCCACGCUGCCCACCAUCUCGGCCUCCGGCUCAGCAACAGCCCACUCGUGAGCUUAAUACCCAGCGGGAACCCCACCCGCCUUUCCACGGCCGGGAUGGCAAUUCCAGCAGAUAUGGGCCGCCAAUUCAAAAUACGUCUCGUGGCUCCCGUGGACCAAGUGCGCCGGAUCGCAGUGGUACUCGGCCUUCCGUGCAUGACAAGGCCCAUCUCCAACCACCCAAGGCUUCCAUUGGGCGAUCCAAUAGCGCAAGACAUGCACCUUCAGCAACACGACCAAUGCAGGAACGCUUUCGACGGGAGCCUAGCUCGGGGUACUUGUCAGACUCAGCCACCACAUACAACAGCCCACUCCCACAACAGCCCCAGGCGCCUGUGCCCACUGUUCCUGCAUCAGCUCUGCCAACUGGGCCUACCCUCGCAGAACGCAUUGAAGAGAAGCUUCGCCAGAGACAAGAACAGCGGGAUCCGGGAUCCAUGUCGGACCCGGAGGUGCGGCAAAUUCCUACAAAUGUGAAGCCUGUCAAAUCAGUCGACAACUCGAUGCCCCUUCCUGCUCCUGCUUCUGCUCCAGCAUCGCACUCACCUUCGCGUGAGGCUCAGCGUGUCCCGACGCAGCCAACACAGCAGGAAGUGGCCCCGGCUUCACGUGCCCGUGCGACAUCAGUGACAACGCCGCCUACCCGGUCGAUGUCUGUAUCUCGCCAUCCCUCACGACCAACCCCCGAGGUCGUCAAAUCGACAUCAACUCAAGUCGCAACCCAACUCAACCCUGACAGGACGGUGGCCCAUCUCGCAUCGACUCGACCCCCAGGCACAUCACCACAGCGCCCUAACUCAGUGGGCCUCGGUCUCUCUCCAUGUCCGCGGACGAUCGCCGUAGCGGGCUACCAGGAUUGGUACACGCUCAAAGGCCUCACCCAUCUGGACAUCUGCCCGUCCUGCAUGAGCCAAAUCGCACAGUCCCGCUACCGAGAUUACUUCACCCCAAGCCUCUCAAAGCCAGCCGGACAAAAGACACGAUGCGCCUUCGCCAACGCAUGGACCCGUCUCGCCUGGGCUCAGAUGAUAAAAAAGCAACACGACAGCCUAGAGCUCCUCUACCAAAUGACACGUCCACCACCCGGCACACGUCCCUGUCCCGGCCGCGUCGUCGCCGACCAACCCUGGUACCGCAUCUACGACCCGGAGAGCGGCGGCGACCUAGCCGGCUUCAACGUCUGCAGCAGCUGUGCGCGCAACAUCCGCAUCUUAAUGCCGAGCCACCGCGAUACCUUCCAGCUAAACCCCGACCCAGCAGAACGGGUAUGCGACUUUGUGACAUCGAGCCCGCGAUUCGUCAAAUUCAUCGAUCUCCUCGAUGCAUCCGCCUCCCGCGUUGAAUCCGACUCCUCACGCACCCGCCGCCCGGAUACACGCGAAUUCCUCAGCUACGCGCGGCGCAAGGUCGUGUUGCGUGAUUGUCGGCGUGAUAGACCUACUCUUAGUACGUGGCACUUUAUCCCGUCACUACCGGAGAUGUGUGUGUGCGAAGACUGUUAUGAUGAGGUUGUUUGGCCGCUGGCUAAAGCGAAUCAUCGUAUUGCGUGCAUGGUUACGACGAAGAUGCGGAUUUUACCAGGUGAUGCGCCUGGUCGGAUUCGUGAGGCGAGUUGUCAGCUUUACUCGCCGCGUAUGCGGGCGAAGUUCCGCGAGGCGGUUGUUCGGGAUGAUUUUGAGAUGUUGAGAUCUGUUGCGCAGAGGAGGGUUGAGGCUGCGCAACGGUUCCUUGAUCGGAAGGAGGAGCUGUAUCUUGCUCAGGUGAAGGGGUAUGAUUGUGAUGAGGAGAUGAGGAAGGCUGUUGAUGAGUGGAGGAGGUGGGAAUGA